AUGGAAGCUGCGACAGUAAAGGAAUCGGAGCAAGAUGAUGGAUUCCCUCUGAUGUUCAAGCUGCAACCUGAUCGGUUCCUGAAGACUCAACUUCACUUCGAACUUCAAAUGAUCCUCGAAGACAACUUCAGACAAGAUUUCUACAAUAAAAUCAAGAAAGAUGACAAGAGUUUGGUGUUGAUCGUUUCCGUUGAUUCAGACGCGUUAUGUACCACGAUGAUCUUGACUCACUUGUUAAAAUGUGACGACAUUCCGUUCACAAUUCUGACAGUUGAAAAAUGGAGUGAGGUGGAAAAGAUCUUCGAAACGAAACGAGAGUUGAGAUGCAACUACAUUCUCAUCAACUGUGGAGCUACUCGUUCCUUGUCUCGCCUUCAAAUUUCUCCAGAUUCAACUGCUUAUGUCCUCGAUUCUCAUCGUCCCUUCCACAUUGAGAAUGUGUACGCGAAUGAAAAGGUUCAUUUACUUGUCAACAACAGUGAAAUGAGCGAGCUGCAACUACCGGACGUAGAGAAAGUUAUUCAAGAAGAUUCAGAUGAUGAUGAAGAUAACGAGGAAAAUCGUGGUUCAUAUGAACAACAAAUGGAGAAUAUUCGUCGAAAAGCAAUCAAAAGAGAAGAAAUGCAGGCAUGGGAACGACAAAGGCAACGGACUCUCUGGAAAUAUUAUGAGUCGACGUGGUUCAGCACACCCAGUUGUGUUACACUUCUGGAGUUAGCAGCUGAAAUGAACAGGGUUUCGGCGGAAAUUAUGUGGUAUACCGCUGUUGGGCUGAAUAGUGCCAUGGUUGACAAACUGAUUUCCAUCGAAAGGUACACGCAAAUUUGCGUAGAUCGAAUGCGUCCCUUUGUUCACAGAUUUCUGCCCAAAAAUAUUAUAAAUCAGGGAAAAGUCGAUGAUUUGUUGCAUAUCACUUUUGGUCGUGAGCUUCCGCUGGCUAUAUAUUCACACUGGGAUCUAUACAAUUCAAUGUGGCACAACGAGUAUUUUUCAAUUAAAACGAAAAACUGGACUCAAAAAGGCGACACUAAUAUCCGACACUUGCUGACCCAGCUCGGAGUUACUUUGCAUGAAACCACACAAAAAUUCGAGUCGCUGUCAACAGAACAACGGAUUCAUGUGGUAGAUCUCUUAGAAAAAGAGAUGGAUUCAGCAUUCGCAACUUUUUUUGCCACUCUCGGAUACUCUGGAAAGCUGAGCGCAUGUGAUGUUGCCAGAGCUGUCACUGUAAGGCUAGAAAUGCCACGAAGUGAAACGUUGAUGGAUCGUUACCGAGCUGGACAAGCUAUAUUGCGAUCAUCUAUAACCGGUGAACGACAAGAGCGUACGAAUCUAACUCACACGAUUUCAUCUAAUUGCCAACGAACUCUUCAAGUAUCUUGGAAAUCAGUUUCUGCAGCUAUCAAUAUGUCUGAAAUUAUCGCAAAUGGACCAUAUUACCUUUUCUCAUGUACUACUUCAAUCGAUGAAGAUAUGAUCGACUCUCGACAUUUCCUCUACAAUACGACAGGAUUCAUGCUGCGAGCAUUUGCUUCUAUGAGGAAAGGAAGAACAUCAAAGCCCCUCAUUGCAAUGUUCCCUUUGACUGGAGAAAGUGCUGGAUGGCUGGUCGUCACUGGAGUCAUGCCAAUUGCCACAAUUUAUGAAGAUUCUCUCCUUAAAACGUGUAUUGGCCGUGCAUUCGAAAGAGUAAAGAAAACUAAUUCUUCUAUUCGUAUAAUUGAUGACUCUUUCAACCCGGACAUUAUACGGCUCAAAUCAGAAGACCGAACUCGUUUCAUCGAUCUUCUUCGUCAUGCUUUCGAGGGAGACUAA